ACAUUUUUCACCAUCCCAUCUUUAAAAACUAAAACAAAAAAGCUCAAGAGUCUCUCCUCCAUUAAUGGAACCGUUUCUCUCUCUCUCUCUUUAGUGCUUGCUUGCUUGCUGAUGUUAGCUCCCACGAGCUUCAGAGUAAGCUUCUACCGCAAUUCCCUCUAACUGAACCAAAUCGGCUUUUACUAUUUUAGUAUUUUUUUUUCCCCCAUACUACAAAGUUUCCUCUUUUAUCAUUACUCUGUGUGGCUUCAACUCUCUCUGCUCCCACAAUACAAUACACCCACUCAAGUUUCAACCUUUCUACACUUUCUUAUAUCUUCUUGCUCCAGGAAACUAGGAAUGGUUGCUGUUGAUAAACAUUGAAUCUGCUGCGUGAGGUUUUUCAUUUAAAAUAUAAAAAAAAAAGUCACUUGCUUUAGCCAAUCUAAUUUAGUCAAUCAAAAAGAGAAAUGGAGAAUCCAUCAAGAGAAAAAGGAUUCUGUUUUCCAGAUACUCCAGUUGAAGAAAUGGAAAUGGAUGGUUGGAUUAAGAGUUUGAUAUUCGAAGAAGAUAUGUUAAGCUCCUCAUCUUCAACUUCAGAGCUUAUGAACUUCGAAUCUUUUGCUUCUUGGUGCAACAACAUCCCUUCUGCUGCUACAGAUAUCUUGUUCUCUCAAUACGGCUUAUCCACCUCUCAGUCUACUACAUCUUUUGGAGGCCACUCAUACGUUGGCGAGAAACGACCUGUACAUGAGAUGAGUUCUCAGUUUCAUUGCCUGUCUGAUACUGAAAAGAUUACCGGUAAACGAAUCAGAGGUAAUAAUACUAAUCAGACGAGUAGUUUAACCACUGGGGCUGUAGAUUACAGUGUUGUUCCAAGGUCGUUGAGUCACACUCUUGAUGAUAAGAUGAUCAAGGCAUUAAGUUUGUUUAUGGAGUUCUCUGGAGAGGGUAUUCUGGCGCAGUUUUGGACUCCUAUCAAGAAAGGAGAUCAGUACAUGCUUAGUACUUGUGAUCAGGCGUACUUGCUUGACUCGAGGCUAUCUGGAUACCGUGAAGUCUCGAGGAACUUCACUUUCUCUGCUGAAGCGAAUCAAUGCUCUUAUCCAGGUCUUCCAGGUAGAGUCUUUAUCUCUGGAGUUCCUGAGUGGACAUCAAACGUGAUGUAUUACAAAACCGCUGAAUAUUUAAGGAUGAAGCAUGCACUAGAUAACGAUGUCCGUGGUUCCAUUGCUAUUCCUAUCCUUGAAGCAUCUGGUUCAUCUUGUUGUGCUGUCCUGGAACUUGUGACAUGUAGGGAAAAACCCAACUUUGAUGUGGAGAUGGACUCUGUUUGCCGUGCUCUGCAGGCCGUGAACUUACAAACAUCAACUAUUCCUCGUCGUCAGUACCUUUCGAGUAAUCAAAAAGAAGCUUUGGCUGAAAUAAGAGAUGUUCUCCGAGCAGUGUGCCAUGCACAUAGUUUGCCUUUAGCACUAGCUUGGAUUCCCUGCAGUUACUCCAAGGGAGCGAACAAUGAGUCGGUAAAGGUUUAUGGAAAAAAUUCAAGGGAAACCUCUCUUCUUUGCAUAGAAGAAACAGCAUGUUAUGUGAAUGAUAUGGAAAUGGAAGACUAUGUGAAUGCAUGUUUGGAGCAUAAUCUGAGAGAAGGGCAAGGAAUCGUUGGCAAAGCACUCAUAUCAAACAAGCCGUCUUUCUCAUCUGAUGUAAAGACAUUUAAUAUCUGCGAGUACCCUCUUGUUCAACAUGCCCGAAAGUUUGGUCUUAAUGCUGCAGUUGCCACCAAACUGAGGAGCACAUUCACCGGUGACAGUGAUUAUAUACUGGAGUUUUUCUUACCUGUAAGUAUGAAGGGAAGCUCAGAACAACAACUUUUGCUGGACAGUCUCUCGAGCACGAUGCAGAGACUAUGUCGGACUCUGAGAACUGUUUCAGAUGCAGAAUCAAAUGAGGUUAUGGAAGUUGGAUUUCAUGGUGGAGAAACGUCAAAUCUCCCACAGGCUACUACUGUAUCUGAAGAAAGCUUUCAGACAACAUUUCUGGAUACUGACGUCAACUCUACUACAAGUAUCUUCUCGAACAUGUCCUCUGAUAAAACCAAUGAUAUAGCAGGCUCUCAGGGAACUCUUCAACAGGAAAUUAGCGGAACAAAAAGAUCAGAGAAGAAGAAAAGCAGUACAGAGAAGAAUGUGAGCUUAAAUGUACUCCAGCAUUACUUCUCUGGGAGCUUAAAGGAUGCUGCAAAAAGCCUUGGUGUUUGUCCGACUACACUAAAACGGAUUUGUAGACAGCACGGAAUCAUGAGAUGGCCAUCUCGCAAGAUUAACAAAGUGAAUAGAUCUCUAAGGAAAAUACAGACAGUGCUUGACUCUGUCCAAGGUGUAGAAGGAGGACUGAAGUUUGACUCGGUAACAGGGGAAUUUGUAGCAGUUGGCCCUUUUAUACAAGAAUUUGAUACUCAAAAGAGUACUUCUUCUCAUCAUGAAGAUGUAUUUGUAAGAAGCCAAAGUGGUAUGGAUGAAGAUGCGUCAUUAGAGCCUUUAACAGUUAUAUCUCAUGAUGGUGGCGGGGUUAAGUUGGAGGAGAGUGUUGAAACAAACCAAGCAGGACCAGGAUCCUUGAUGGAGCCAUGGACAUGGAUAAGCAAACAGUCUGGCUUGAACUAUAGUGAUGAUAUCGAUAUAGGAAAAAGGAGUGAAGAGGUAAAGAAGGAUAAAGACCUUUGUGUUCGUAGGUGCUUGAGCUCUCUAGCACUUGCAGGUGAUGGAACGAAUACAAGAACCGAACGCGGUAAUGGAAUUGUAGAACCAAACCAAUCCAUAUCUAGCAGCAUGUCGGAUUCGUCAAAUAGCUCGGGAGCAGUUUUGCUGGGAAGGUCAUCUACUUCCAUGGAAAAAAAUUGGAACCAAAUAAGAACUCAUAACAAUAGCGGAGAGAGCGGAUCAAGUUCAACACUGACAGUAAAAGCCACUUAUAGAGACGACACUGUACGUUUCAAGCUUGAUCCAUAUCUUGUUGGGUGUUCUCAGCUCUACAGAGAAGUGGCUAAGCGCUUCAAGCUGCAAGAAGGCGCCUUUCGGUUGAAAUACUUGGAUGAUGAAGAAGAAUGGGUGAUGUUGGUCACAGAUUCUGAUCUCCACGAAUGCUUCGAGUUAUUAAACGGUAUGAGAAAGUAUACAGUGAAGUUUCUGGUCAGUGAUUUGCCUAGCACCGCAAUGGGAAGUUCCGCAGGCAGCAACGGUUGCCUCGGAACAGGCUCCUAGCAUCAGUUUUAUUAUGCUAUAUAUAUGUACACAUAAUCUCUGUUUGGUCUGCCAUUAGAACCCAUAUAGAAAGAAAAAAAAAAAUGAGUGCAGUGGAGUUGAAGAAUGUAUAUAAACAAAGAAAGACAGAUAUAUUUUGGUUUCAAACAAGUUGUAUAGAAGUAAAGUCUUUGAAUA